AGGACCCUUUCUAUAAUUUUAUUAUACAAUCUGGGACGGAACUGAAGUGAGUAACAUCGCGUGCAAUCGUAUUUCAUCGGUCGCCGGGUCGAUAUUGGCGCAGUGCUCACUUUAGCUUCAAAGUGUACGGUCAGAAAAGGAUAUAUUUUAACGGAUUACAGACAGAACCUGAUCCACAAUGAGCUACUUAGACAAAAUCGAUAGAUAUUUGGACUCGUUGAAGGUCGGCAAAAGUGCCAUAGUGGACUCGUGGUUCUUGAUGUCUAGUCCAAUACCAUUACUGGCGGUGGUGGUGUCAUACCUUUUCUUCUUAAAAAUAGGACCUCGGCUGAUGAAGAAUCGUCCCCCCCUACAGAUAACAAAGCUGGUCAGCUAUUAUAACGCCGCUCAAGUGGUAUUAGCUGCUAUGAUAUGUAUCAAGGUUUUCAAGUUAAAUAUUUUUAGAGAUGGAAUAAUUUAUGCAGGGUGCCGCUAUCCGUCCAAUACGCAAAAUCCUUUGUUACUCGAUCUGGGCUGGUGGUAUUUCUUUGCUAAAUUCACUGAACUUUUGGAUACGGUAUUUUUUGUUCUGAGAAAGAAAGACAAGCAGCUGACAUUCCUUCACGUCUAUCAUCACGUGAUCAUGGCCCUGUACUCUUGGAGUUAUUUGAAGUUUGCGGCCGGUGGUGAAGGCGCUAUACUGGCCCUUCUGAACUCCGCCGUCCACGUUGUCAUGUAUACUUACUAUCUCAUGUCCGGAUUGGGGCCAAAAUUCCAGAAGUAUCUUUGGUGGAAGAAGUACGUCACGAAAAUGCAGUUGAUCCAAUUUAUGUUAAUGCUCACCUACUGUGCGUGGACAUAUUAUUCGCCAAGAUGUCAGUACGCAACCGGUUUUACUUUCUUCAUAUCCUCAAAUGUUGUCAUAUUCCUGGUACUCUUUUUGAAUUUCUACACAAAGAGCUACAAGGGUAGAAGUGAUGCAAAAAAGCAAAGAAUCGAAUGUGCCAAAGCUCAGAAUGGCUCGAACGACCAUUUGAAUUUGAACGGCAAUAAUAUAUGUGAUAAUAAUGAGAAUGGUUUUUGUCGGUCUAAUGGUAAAAUGAAUCUAAGAGUGCCUUACGAAAGUGUAAACGGAGAUAAUAAAAAUGGAAAGUUGGUAUCGAGAAGAUUGAACAAAGAAGUGGAUGGACCAGAUUUUAACUAUGGUGCUAAGAAAUGAUUUGACAGCUUCGAAUUUUGGGGGAUACUAUAAAUGCUACUAGUUGGCACCAGUAUUAAAGUACGGAGUGCAUGUAUCGUUUUCUGGAAGAUAUUUUCAACUAAAGAUGUAUUUGUUUUUAUAACUUAUGAUUAAUUAUAAUAAUAAACAAGCUCUCAAGCCACGCAUUUCCCAAGUUUGAGGAAAUUAAAACAAUUGUAAAAAUUUGACGUAGAUGGUAGAACGAAAUGGUAUUUGGGUGUGCCAACUAGUAACAUUGGUAUAGCCUCGGCAUCUUCUGAGACUGAUGUAUGUGAUGAUAAUAAUGUGGAAUAUGAACGUUUUACCUUCGAGAGUCACGGCGUUAUUUCUAUGUAAAUAUAGGUAGAUGCGACUGCCUCUGUCGGGUUAGUUAAUAGAUCAGCCAUUAAAUAUUUUGUCACACUUCGUGUUAAGGUUUACUAAUAUAUUAUAUUUGGGUACUUGUGCCUGUUUAUUACAUUUAAGUACUUAAGAUGAAGAUGUUAAAGUGCGUUAUUGUUAAACAUAUCGAUGUUUUAAAUGUUUUCGAUUUCUUUAUGUGAUGUAAAUACACGCCAAUAACAGUCUUAUGCAAAUGGCAAUAAUAAUAUGUUUGACGUAUGAAUUUCAAUUACUGAAAAUCUCUGCGGCAUUGCAACAUUUUAAUAAGUCAGGAUUUUGGUUGAUUCAAUUUCAACACUCUCUCUUAUAGUAAUAGGUGUAUUAAUAUUGCACGCUAAGACACAGUUUAAGGCUGUAGCAAAUGGCAGCAUUCAUACUGACUGUAGUGAAAUGUCUAAUCUACGAAGUGAGACAAUAAGAGCUGAUUUUCUGAGAUAUCUUAUGAAUGUAUUGGUUUCUUCUUCAUAAAUAUUUUUUUUUGCUUUAUCUGUAAUCUGAAUGGUACAUAAAUGUGCGCGGCAAAAGAGUUUAAUAGCGUAAGGUCUAUCUUGAAAUAUUUUCGAUCCAAGCCUAGCUUGAAUUUGCCUUUGUAAUAUUACCUUAUUAAUAAGUCCCAUACCGAACUGGGUUCUUUAAGAUUUGCUUAACUAUAUUUAUGGUGUAGUUAAAUAUAAUUUAAGCGUCCAAAUGGUGUAUGGCAUGUUAUUAUUAGAAUUGCAUUAGAACGAUAUCAGAAUAUGGGGGCAAACUGUUACAAAAUUACGAUAGUUUGUUUAGGUAAAUGCACUUGCUGUUUAUAUGAUUUUUACUUUGUCAAUAUGUGCAUAAAAACCGCUAUAUAAAAGGGAAGCUCAGUAUAGGUGUAGCUGACGGAGUACUGUAGUUGACUUCUGCUCCAGCUAGGGGAAAAAAGGAACUCAAGUGAAAUGUAUACUAAUAUAUGUGCAUAAAAGACGGAAUGUUUGGCUCGAACAAUGCAUGAUAGAACUAGCUGUCGGCCCGUCGCUUCGCCCGCGUGGUCAAAGGAAAUUCCAAUGGGAAUGAGAUGUAACACCGCAAAAAAUAGUAGCCUAUGUCACUGUCUAUUACAAUCUACAGUCCAAACUGUUGUCUCAUAAAAGAAAGACGGACAAUCCCACUUUCCCAUUUAUAAUAUUAGUUUCUUAAAAUACAAACUUAUAAUUAAUCAUUUUUUGCAAUAAAAAAAAUGUAUUUUGCCCCAAUUCUGAUAGCGUUAUUACAUUGAUAAGCGUAGAAAGCCAUACCUUAAGAUUGUUUUGCUUUUAAAUAAGUGUUCGUUUGAGUAAUAUUGGUUCUCAAUUCUUCCUUCACUUGUAAAAUUCUAUGAUUAACUAUUCAAAUUCCGGCCAAAAGCUUCAGAUAUUAUUAAAGUAAGUAAAAAUGUAUAAGCAAUAGUUUAUUAUAUUCUAAAAUAAGCAAACUCGAAACAAACCCCAUCUGUAAAUUUAAUUACAUGGAGUGAAACACUUUUUAUAUAAUAAACAUCAUCAUAUCUCUCAUUACAACACUAUGUGGAUAGAUAGUACAUUUAUUUCGACUUCAAACUUCAUUAUAUAACAGUACAUAUGAAUACAGAUUCAUUUCAGCCAUAAGCCAUAAGCAUAAGUCUUUAAAGAAAUCGGACGGUUCUAAAUGACGAAUUUGUAUUUUUCAUUGUUUAGCGUUUGUAUUUCUGAGCUUUAUCAGUUUCAUUUUGUUCACUCACAUCACUUAUGAAUCAUUCGCUAGUUUUCCUGUCUAGAUUUUAUAAUAGAGUAAGAUCCCAGAGCCGUAAGACACAACUUAUUUUCUAAAGCAUGUAAAUUUCGGUUCACAGUAGUAUCUUGUGUACUCUUUAAUACCUGAAUGUUUGUGGAGCUUGCCCGGUGACACCUGCGCAGGUACCGGGUGAGAAAGGUGACUAAAAAUCAGAGUUACUUAACUUAAAUUUAUAUGACUGAUUUUUAUAAAUGUUUUAUAGAAUAUUAUUCUAAAGUCAUA